ACCGGGUCUUCUCAUCUCCCUCCUCACCCGACGACCUCCCUCGGUCGCCGACACCGUCGCCUCCCCCUGUCCCCGGCGGAGCUCCCUCGCUCCCAUCUCGUCCUACUCCGCCGGUUGCCAAUCUCUGCCACUUCCCUAUCGACGACAACGCCGGACAGAUCGAGCGGAUCCGAGCCACCGCCGGCCUGAUCUAAGCCCCAGUGUCGGACUGCGCCACCGGCCGCGCUCAUCCGCUUCCUGUGCUUCCGUGGCUCGUCCUCCCCUCCUCGAUUUCCGUCCCUUCGUUCCCCGUGGCUUGUCCGCCUGCUCCAGUCCUCCUCGAACCGCCGUUCGCCACUUCCUCCACCGCCGUGUCGCCGCCACGGCCCGCCAGCGGAGGGCCCGCCACGGCCGGCCAGCACAGGGCUGGAGCUCCCUGCGUCACCAUCACCUGCGGGCUGCGGUGGCCUUCACCGGCGCGAGACGAAGAUCAGGAGCAGAGAGUAAGGGACUUAGGACUUCACCUGCCUGACAAUUGCCCUGCCUCAUUUUUCUCGUGUUAGAAACUAAAGACAAACCCAGAGAAAAACAUCAUUAUCCACUCAAACACAUUCCCUAGCCUGAAGCAUUUUGAUUUCCGUUGUGAGCUGUCACUCCUCACUUUCGAGCCAGCCACAAUGCCACAGCUAAAGAGGCUGAAGAUACUACUUGAUGGUCGUGGACAAGGUGCAAUGCAACUGCAAGAGGGCAGUCCAGUUGGUGGGAUCGAGCACCUUGCUAGCCUUGAAGAGAUCUCCAUGUAUAUAUAUGCCAAAUGUGAUCAUGGGUCUAAAAUCGAAUCUGCAUGCAGAGACACCAUCAGCAGGCAUUCUAAAAGUCAAGCCAUACAGAUUCAUGUAGACUGUAUAUGAGUUUAAUGGAAAUGGAAAUGGCAGAAUAUUGCUGGGAUUAGUGGAGGAGGAUAAAUAUGCAAUAGUACCAGGCAGUCAAGAAGACUAAAAAUGCUGGAUUACUGAUCGCCUACUCCUACGUGGCGUGCAUGUGUUGACAAGCGUCAACAAGAAACACCCUUUUAUAAAAAAGCUUCCUUUCUUAAAAAUAUCUCAUUUCCAUGUUAUCCAGAGCUCCCAAAUAAUCAUUAAAAAAAGGAAGGCUCAAACUUGAGUUAGCCGAGUGAGCACCCUCAGAACUAGUCACCAUUGAAUUUUUAUUAAAGCAUUGUAAUUCACGGGGAAUCCUAGAAGACAAAGCAAGAGAGACGAAUCUGUGGUGCAUUCUGUUUGUCCUUUGGCCAAUCUCCAUGAUGGACGUUUCAACUUGGGUGUGGAUCCCAAUGACAAAAAUGAAUUGUGCAGAUUUCUGCAUCAUAAGAACCUCCACCACCCAGUUACAUGGAAAUUCCACUAAACCACUGCACUCAAAUGCAGAGCACAAACCACCUCACACCAUUGCCCCUGCUAGAGGGGGGCUAGCUAGGGGGUUGAGAUGGCAAGCAUGGUGGUGAGUGCUUUCACUGGGGUGCUGAGCUCGCUCCUCUCCAAGCUAUCAGUGCUGCUCAGUGAUCAGUACAUGCAACGCAAGGGGGUCCGAAGAGAUAUCGAGCUCCUCAGCUGUGAGUUGACUAAUAUGAAUGCUGCACUGGAGAAACUAGCAGACAUGGAGAAGCUUGAUGGCCAAACAAAGGUUUGGAGAGACAAGGUUCGUGAGAUGGGCUAUGAUAUUGAGGAUUGCAUUGACAUUUUCAUGCACCAGCUUGGCCAAGGAGAUGAUAAGGAUGGCUUGUUUCACAAGAUUGCACGCAAGAUUAGGGAAUUGCGACUGCACUAUCAGCUUGCAAACAUGAUUCAAGACAUCAAAGCUUGUGUGGAGGAGCAGAGUAAAAUAAGAGAUAGAUACAGGAUUGAUGAGUCUAUCUCAACGUCUCGAGUGGUGGUGGAAGUUGACCCAAGGCUCCCUGAAUUGUUUGAGGAUGCAAAAAGGCUUGUGGGUAUUGAUGGUCCACGGGAGGAAAUCACCAAAUUGAUGAUUGAAGAAGGUGGCAGUCUUUCUGGACAAAUUAAAGUGGUGUCCAUCGUGGGUUUUGGUGGCCUUGGCAAGACAACACUUGCGAACCAAGUACACGCUAAAAUAAAAAAUGAGUUUGAAUGUUCGGCGUUUGUGUCCGUCUCUAGAACUCCCUACAUGCCAAAGAUUUUAAAGGAUAUACUGUAUGGAAUUGGAUUUGAUGGUAAGGAAGCGGAAGAUGACGUCCAAAAGCUUGUCAAAAUCCUCAGAGCACAACUCACAAAUAAGAGGUACCUUAUCAUAAUUGAUGACUUAUGGAGCACCAGAGAUUGGCGCACUAUUGAGUGUGCUUUUGUGGAGAAUAAUAAUGGCAGUAGAGUGAUAACUACGACACGCAUUCAAGAUGUUGCCACAGCUUGUUGCUAUCCAAGUGGAGGCCAAGUAUUCCAGAUGCAACCCCUUAAUGAGCUUCAGUCAAGUAUGCUGUUUUUCAAAAGGUUAUUUGGCACACAGGAUGGUUGCCCCCAACAAUUUAGAAAGAUUUCAAAUGACAUGUUGAGGAAAUGCAAAGGUGUACCAUUGGCAAUUACUAGCAUCGGAAGCCUUUUGGCUAACCAAAGCAUGCAUGUCGAGAUAUGGGAGAAGAUACAUAAUUCAAUAGGUUCAGAGCUGGACACAAAUCCUACACUGGAAUGGAUGAGGCAGGUGCUUAGUCUUAGCUACAAUGACCUGUCCCAUGAGCUCAAGACAUGCUUGCUAUAUCUUGGUGCAUAUCCUGAAGACUCUGUAAUUCAGACAAAUGUUUUGGUGAGAAAAUGGAUAGCCGAAGGAUUUGUUAGGAAAAGGCAUGGUUUAGAUCUGGAGGAAGCUGCUGAAAAUUGUUUGAACGAACUCAUCAACAGAAGUAUGAUCGAACCAUGCUUCAAUGCUCAUGGUGAGGUGCAGGCAUGUCAAGUUCAUGACCUAAUGCUUGAUCUUAUUAUAUCGAAGUGCAAAAAUGAAAACUUCAUUACUAUAAUUGAUAGGAACUUCACCAUGAUUGGAGCACUGGAAGUUCGUCGGAUCAGCCAUCAGUUUCAUAACAGAGACAUAGCCCUGGUAUUUGAGAGGAUGAGUCAAUCACAAAUUCGGUCAUAUAAGUUCUUCCCUGCAGCUGACUGCAUGCCUCCACUUUCGAAGUUUGAGCUCUUGAGAGUUUUGGACAUGGACCAGCGGGGCUCAUAUGUGCGGCCAGAAUCUAUGUGCCUUGAUUUAUCUGCUAUAAAUAACCUUUUUCUGCUGAGGUAUCUGAGAGUCCAGGGCUUUCGUUUGGUGCUGCCAAAGAAGUUUGGGAAACUGAAAUAUUUGAUGACUCUAGAUAUUGAAUCCACAAUAUUGUGCCCCUUGGACCAAUUCUCAGAUUUUACUUCUUUGUCAUCUUUAAGGCAUCUCACUCUUCCAAGACAAUUUGGAAAUGUAGUGUGGAUAAAUGGGCUUAGCAAGCUGUGCAACCUACGCACACUGAUCCAUUUUUACAUCAGGACAAGUAAUUCCAUACGUUGCAUCAGAGAUCUUGGUGAGCUGACCAGUCUUAGGGAGCUUGAUGUGAGUUAUUACUCUGGGCCAGGUGACGUAGAAGAUGAUCCUGACACAAUUCUGUCUGCCUCUCUUGACAAGCUUGGCAACAGCAACCUCCGUCUUCUGUAUUUUCAUAAGUUUCAGUUUGAUGGCAGGCCCCUCUCAACACAGUUCUGGAGUAAUUUCAUCACAUGUCCACAGCAUCUGCAGAGGCUUCGUUUGACCGGACAUAUAAUACCCAAGGUCCCGAAUUGUAUUGUGCAUGCUGGCAGGUUGGCCUAUUUGGAAGGACUACGAGUCGAGGAGCUUGGGCGUGAUGGCAUCCAGGUUCUUGCACAGUUGCCCUGCCUCAUCUACCUCGAGUUAAGAGCUAAAACAAUCCCAGAGAAAAACAUCAUUAUCCACCCAAACACAUUCCCUAGCCUGAAGCAUUUUGAUUUCUCUUGUGGGCUAUCGUUCCUCACUUUUGAGUCAUCCGCGAUGCCACGGCUACAGAUACUGAACAUAGAUCUUGAUGCUUGUGAAGAAGAUACAAUGCAACUGCAAGGGGAAGUCCAGUUGGUGGCAUCGAGAAUCUUGCUAGCCUUGAAAAAAUCUACUUGUUCAUACGAGUCAAAUGCGAUCAUAGGCAGUCAAGAAGACUAAAAGUAGUGUCCGCAUGCAGAAAAGCCAUCAGAAGGCACCCGAAAAGUCAAUCCAUGCUGAUUAGUGUAAACUGUAACGAGUUUGAAGAAAUUGGACAUGACUUACGGGGGAGCCAAGAAGACUAAAAAUUGUUCUGAGAUUUGUGUCUUGUUAUAUUUUUGAACCCUGAUCAUGUUUGCUCUGGCCUUUCCUAA